GCCACAGCAUGCCGUAAUGCCAGACGACAUUGCUCGUGAGCAGCACGUCUGGGACGAUGUGGCACCGCUGGAGGAUGCCAAAGGCAAGGGCAAGGGACCUGACCUCACCCCAGCGCAGGCAGCCCAGCUGGACGACUGGAGCCUCAUAGACGCAGAGCCCUCGUCGAGCUCGCCGGCGCGGCAGCCACUGGAGGACUCAUCGACGGAUGGCCUGGACGAGAAGCCGCCUUUGCCGCCGCGGCAGUCGGGAAGCCGCGUGCGAUGGACUCCGUCGCGUCCGCCGGUCGAUGGCAAAGCUGAGACGUACCAGAUCAAGAACAUCCGAUGGCACGAUGCCAGCUCGUCCAAGAACCCCCGCGUGUCUCCCAUACUGAUUCAGAACGAAAACGGACCCUGCCCGCUGGUUGCAUUGGUCAACGCACUCACAUUGACGACACCUGAGGACAUUGGCGAUACGGCGCUGGUGCAGGUCUUGCGGCUGCGGGAGCAGGUCAGCUUGAGCCUGUUGCUGGAUGCCGUCUUCGACGAGCUCAUGUCUCCGCGGAGGACGUCGUCCGAGGACUCGCUGCCCGACGUCUCUGAACUCUACUCCUUCCUACAGAGCCUCCACACCGGCAUGAACGUCAAUCCGCGAUUCAUUCCUACGCCAGAGAACACGGCCGAGAUGGGUCUCUAUGCCACCUUUUCCAUCCCCUUGAUCCACGGGUGGCUGCCGCCACAUGACGAUCCCGUCCGCUACGCCAUGGAAAGGCACGCUGCGUCUUACGAAGACGUGCAGAACCUGCUAUUCCGCGAGGAAGAAUUGGAGGACAAGCUGGCCUCAUCCGAGGAGGGGCUGACUGAAGCGGAGCAGGAUCUUUACCAGGACAUUAUCACCAUCAAGAUAUUCCUCAACGAGUCGGCGACCCAGCUGACGCCCUGGGGGAUUGAGGUGAUUCAAAAGGCGAUCCGGCCAGGCACGUUUGCCAUUCUUUUCCGCAACGACCACUUCUCCACGCUGUAUUGCCACCCCCACACUCGGCAGCUUCUCACGCUCGUGACGGACGCGGGCUACAGAAGCCACGACGAGGUUGUCUGGGAAAGCCUGCGGGACGUCAAUGGCGAACUCAACCAGUUCCUGUCGGGCGACUUU